AUGAGGGGCACAGGGGAUACAAGAAUCAGACGGAAGCCGACAGCAACGCCUCUCCAUUUGGCGGCUCGCUGUGGCCACGUGACUUCCUGCCGGCUGUUGGUGGGCAACGGGGCAGACAAGGAAGCCAAAGACCUGCGCGGGUACACUGCUCUGCACUGGGCUGCCAAAAUGGUUUUUCAGAGUGUUGUAGUCAGCUGCUCAAGCUUGGAUCUGAGGGCUUCUCCUGCUAUACAGAACAACAAGGGAGAGACGCCUUUCCACUGUGCGCAGUAUUCGCCCGGUGAAGUAAGGAAAUUAUUUGAAGCCCAUCCAGAUAUUGACCUGAUAACAAGGGCAAGACUGUCUCCACUGUGCUGCAGAAAGAAAGAAAAGCAGAAAUGUUGA